AUGUUCACAUACCGGGGGCCACGUGUCACGCCACCGCCUCGCCUGGCCCUCCAUGACCACAACAUGACCCUGAGGCAGAUCUGCCGCCUGCUGAAGCUUAUGAAGCAGGUGAAGAAGAGGGAGAGAGCUGCCACUACUGCUGCUGCUGCUGCUGCUGCUGCCAGGAAGCAAAACUGCACGCUCCAGGCUCCAGCAUCCCCAGGUUUCAAGUGUGACAAAAGAUGUGUCCCAAGCUGCCUCCGGUACAAGCGCAGUAUAAAGCGUGUUGGCUGA